UUUAUUGUUUGAUCAAUGUCAACACUAUUGCUACUGUUUUCCAUUCUCAUCUUCACCAAUAUCUCCGGUGGUGUAAAACUUCACCAGCCUUCAUUUGUUAUCAGCCGCAAAGGAGACCCCCAGGCUGUGACUUUGCAGUGUGAACAAGACGAUGAACAAUACUUCUACAUGUACUGGUACAGACAAAGCAGCAGCAGUAUGGAAAUGCAGCUAGUAGCAUAUUCUCUCGGUAAAGAUGCGAGCAGCAUUGAAGCUCCCUUCAACAAAUCCAAGUACAGCAUGACCCGGCCUGCAGUGCUUCAUUCCUCUAUGCAGAUCCACCCUGUUGAGACUGGAGAUUCAGCUGUGUAUUACUGUGCCUCCAGUAGAGCACGAUGGUUCAGAAAGCCUCAGCAGCUUAACAAGAACCUCAAGAAGAAACCAGGAAGAGGCUGCAUGGAGGAGGGAGGAGAUAUUCAGUGUGACACUGGAUCUGAAGCUUACUUUGGAAAGGGAACAAAACUCACUGUUUUGGUUGAGCGCUCAGUGCUUUUUGAUAUUAAGCCUGAGCGCUGUGCCAAUUACGAAGCCUACUUCGGCCAGGGAACAAAACUGACUGUUCUUGAACCAGACCAUGAAAUCAAAGAACCAACAGUGAAGGUGCUUGAACCUUCAAAAAAGGAGUGUCGAAAGCAGACAGACGGAGCGAGGAAGAAGACCAUUGUCUGUGUGGCCAGUGGAUUCUACCCGGACCAUGUCACUGUUGACUGGCAGAUCGACGGGGAGACUCAAACCACUGGUGUGGCCACUGAUAACGCUGCCCUGCGGGAAGGCAAGACGUACAGAAUCACCAGCAGGCUGAGGGUCCCUAGAGAACACUGGUACACACUCGACAAAAACUUCACCUGCAUCGUCAACUUCUACAAUGGCAGUGCAUCAAGCAAUUAUACCGGGACAGUUGUGGGUGUUAAAGGUGAGGAAGAAGGCGGCAUGACAAGAGAGGAUUAUUUGAAGAUCUCCCAGACGGCCAAACUCUCCUACGGUCUUCUAAUCAUCAAGAGCAGCCUCUAUGGAGCCUUUGUGGCCUUUUUGGUGUGGAAGCUUCAGAAAAAAGGAAAACAGACCUACGGAGAGCUGAGCCCUGAACAAAGGAAAUCUAUGGGGAACAACGGUGGUGAAUUCUGUAAAUAAAACAAAUAAACAACACAUUUGCAUUGUGUUAAUUUAGAUGGAGAGCUCUAUGCAUAUUCUUGUUGUAAUCUCAAAGCUACAUCGGGUAUGCAAACACUUUGGCAUCACAUUUUUAGAAAUACUUAGUUCUGUGUGUUUGUGAAUAAUUUGAUUCACUUUUUUAAUUCUUAAUAAAAGUAUUUCAGAGAA